UAGAUAAGUUGGAGACAUUUUUAAAAGCGAUUUAUCAGUCAAUAUGAUGAAACCAAUGUCCUCAGUCAUUUACAACGACCUAUAAUCUCAGGCUCACAACUGAUAACAUUAUUGCAUAAGAAGGGCUGUGUCUGCAUAUUUAGGUGAAAAUUCAACUAUAGGCAUGAGCAGUCUUACCAAAACACUAUGAAAAAAGAAUGGAAAAUAAUCUUCUACUGUUUAAUACAGUAACCGGAAUGCCUUAUAUUUUCAUCAUUGUAAAAAAAUGUAAAAACUGGAAAGUGCUUGUACGUGUAUGCAGAUAUAUGGAUAUGUGUCUAUGGGUUAAUCCCUCUUACAGCAGUCAAGUUUAUAACCACCAGAUCCAAGCAAAGUCCAAGGAGAUAUCUUGCAAGGUCUACUUCAUGUACCACAAGAGCCUUGAACAGCUUUUCAAAUAGUGUUGCUAGCUAGACAGAGACUUGUUGUUUAUAUAUAAUGCUAUAGCUCACAUGUGUAUGUAGUAAUAUUUAUCCGGUUUUACAUUACUGAUUAAUCAAGAAACCGGCAAGAUGUCCUCAGGUAUUCCAGAUGUCCUUAAAGAGUGGGAGGUCUUAGAGAAAGAGUUCUACACAGUUCAGGAGACCCACAGGUUAUACAUGCAGAAGCUUGAUGAAGUGUCAAAGUUACAGAAGCGCUUCUCAUCCUCCAUCAGUCAACAAAAGAAGAGUCUUAAAGACAUAUCUCGUUCAGUGCAGAAAUGCAGAAAAGGACUAUCAGAGGAGGAAGCCAAGCCCCUGGAUGACAUACGCUCACAAAUACGUGAGAGACAGAACAUUUUCUAUGAAAUGGAAGCUUUCCUACCAAAGAAAAAUGGGUUAUACCUCAGUCUUGUACUGGGAAGUGUGAAUUUAAACCUUCUGAAUAAACAGUCCAAAACAGCCUACAAGGAUGAGUAUGAGAGAUUCAAGCUCUACGUGACGGUCAUCCUGCUGGUGCUUGCUUUUCUGUGCCGUUUUAUAGUUAGCUAUAGAUUUGUUGAUGCUGUCCUCAACUUCCUGUUGGUGUGGUUCUACUGCACACUUACCCUUCGAGAGAGUGUCUUGAUCAGCAAUGGAUCCAGAAUUAAAGGGUGGUGGGUGGCCCACCAUUACAUCUCCACCUUCCUCUCUGGAGUCAUGCUGACCUGGCCUGAAGGCAAGCUGUAUCACAUGUUUAGGAACCAGUUUCUGGCCUACUCAAUGUAUCAAAGCUUUCUGCAGCUUCUUCAGUACUACUAUCAAAGCGGAUGCCUCUAUAGGCUCAAGGCUCUCGGUGAAAGACACAAUUUGGACUUGACAGUAGAGGGUUUCCAGUCUUGGAUGUGGAGAGGCUUAACAUUUCUACUGCCCUUCCUCUUCUUUGGUCAUUUUUGGCAGCUGUUCAAUGGGAUCUCCCUUUACCUAAUGUCCCAACUUCCAGAAUGUGUAGAGUGGCAGGUAUCUAUGUGUGGCCACUGCUUCUUGGUGCUCUUCAUGGGGAACUUCUUCACCACUCUUGCUGUGGUACGCCACAAAAUGCAUCAGAAGAAUCAGGCAAAAGCAAAGACUCAAUGAAUAAAGCACUGUCGGGAUGAUCCAGAACCUUUGUCAUCGGUGCUGCCAUAUUGCUGAGGGCAACAAUCGAGCGGUAAAUCACUGGAGGCCAAUGCCCAAUUGACCUCAGCAGUAUGGCGGUGCGUUGACAUACGUUCUAGAGUCCAA